UUUUCAUGGCUUUCUGCAGCCAUUUUGAGCUGCCGUUGCGUUUCUUCAGCAGCCCUGGGACCUUCCUAGGAGAACACGGGUAGCUGACGAGCCCAAGAACCACGACUGAAACCUCAUUUUAUCGCUAGCUACAUUGUUUUAGUAAUAUGGAACCGCCGGGGACUAGUAUUGGAUGCGUAUCGUUUGAAAGAACGGGGGGUUUCAGUUGGUUUGUUAAUUUAUCUUGACAUGGCUUGUACUAGGUGUGGGAGCUAGCUAGUUAGCUAGCUAGCUAACUUACGUUAGCUGCACAAAAGGAAAAAAAAAACUGAUAGUUAGCAUAAAAUAAGCGCAAGCGAAGUACAUAGUAACUCGAGAGGAUGGAAGUGUACGUUGGCUAAAGACUAGACUUGCUAACUACCUUUCCGUGUUUGGCCAGCGGUAAAUCAAGUGCGCACAUCUAGCCGACUAGCUGGCGUUGACCAUACCGCGGGAGCUAUGGCUGUAAAUAUGUCUCUAGUGAAAACCGUUUUGAAACGUCGCUAGUAGCUAGUCACACGUCAUAGCGAGGAUAGCUGGCAAGCGAGUCGCUAGACUAGAGAGCCGAGCCGGAGGAAAAAAAAAAGACAAUGUAAAAAUAAUUUUAGGAAAAAAGCAGUUGUUUAUCACAGGCUAGCUUCCUAGGCCACGAUUACGCUGAGCACUCCCGCCGGAAUAUGUAGCUUGCUGGCUAACGAGCUGCGGAGCAUCCCUGGCCUGACCACUUCAGCUUCUCCAUCACCAUGAGUGCACCUACCGGGCCCGUAUGAAACACGAAGAAGGCAGAAUGACUCCCGUUUGUGUCGUUUUAUUUCGGGAUCAUGCUUUCCCGACCUCUUGAGUUCGUCGCAGUCCUCCGUAGUCCUAGACCUAGGUGGUUGAGUUCUCAAGCCGCGCAGAAACACGUGAACGUAACGUUGCAGCAGUGCCCUCAGCUCCAGCCAUGGAUGAAGGUGAUUGGAAACAAACUUAGACAGCAUCUGUUUGUCUGCUUCUGUUCAAGCAGAUAAAACUUAACUCUUUUUCUUUUGGAACCUAAGAUGGCUUGUUUUAGAUGGUCAGCAUGAGUUCAGGGACAUCCUUUAGAUUCUCAGUUGCAUUUUGCAUGCUUCAAAGUUAGGGAUAGUCUAAAUUUUGUCUGCUUUCAUGUUAUUUUGCUGUAUACCUAAAGUCAAGCGUUUGGGAGACUGACUUGGUGAAUUCAACUGCAUUAUUUGGAUUGUAAUGCCAACUUAAUCUAAAUAUGUUGAUUCUCAAAAUGAUUUAACUAAUUGGGAUCGUAAUUAGCUAGCUAUUUUGUGCUAGCUAGUAUGCCCCAUUCCCCUAUGGACCUUCUAUGCAACAACAGAAAAUGGCUUAGCGAAGUUUAUAUUUGGCACUUCAUUUAGAAUUAGAGUAGUUGUUUCACUUAGGCAUUCUAGGAUUCUUUGUUUUAUGCAGUCUCCUAGAGGGAAAGUUGUUUCACCCAGUUUACUGUUAGGGCUACUGAUACAAAACAUUAGAUUGAGCAAAUAGUGUGUGGGAUAAAGGGGCUGCAAUCAUUACUCCACAAUGGGGGACCCUAACUCCCGAAGAAAACAAACUAUGAACCGACUACGUGCUCAGCUUCGCAAGAAAAAGGAGUCCCUGGCUGACCAGUUUGAUUUCAAGAUGUACAUUGCUUUCGUAUUCAAAGAUAAGAAGAAAAAGUCUGCACUUUUUGAAGUAGCUGAAGUGGUACCAGUUAUGACCAAUAACUAUGAAGAGCACAUUAUUAAGGGUGUGCGGGAUUCCAGCUACACAUUAGAAAGUUCAUUAGAACUACUGCAGAAGGAUGUGGUACAGCUGCACGCCCCUCGCUACCAGUCCAUGCGUAGGGAUGUCAUAGGAUGCACCCAGGAGAUGGACUUCAUCCUUUGGCCUCGCAAUGACAUAGAGAAGAUAGUCUGUCUUCUUUUCUCCAGAUGGAAGGGAUCUAAUGAUGAGCCCUAUAGGCCUGUUCAGGUCAAGUUUGAAUUUCAUCAUGGAGACUACGAAAAGCAAUUCUUGCAUGCCAUGAGUCGAAAGGACAAGGCUGGAAUGGUGAUGAACAACCCAAGUCAGUCCAUGUUCCUCUUCACGGACAGACAGCACUUACAGCAGACUCCAAAGGCCAAGGCUACAGUCUUCAAGUUGUGCAGCAUCUGCCUUUACCUGCCGCAGGACCAGCUGACCUGCUGGGGCAUGGGCGGGAUAGAGGACCACCUCCGUCCGUACAUGCCUGACUAGAGUGUCGCUGUGGCUCCCAAGGGAGGACAACCAGAGACCACUACAGCAAGCUCACCUCCUUUCCAGCACACCUCGUUUCCUUUACUCAAUACAAGUGAACUUGUGCUUGGAACACACCUUAUGUUAACUCAUUUUCAUCCAGGAGCUUGAUUCAUUAUUUUCCUCCAAUUUCCUGUGUGUCAUUUAAUUUUGCACUGAUUUAUUACCAUAUCAUGAAUGAUUGUAAAUUUUAUUUCACAGGUAUAAUGCUCCUAGCAUUUUAGGAUUAUUUCUGAAGUCUGUGUUGAAGGAGGGCAGGUGAGCUGAGAAGGAUUGGCUUUAAAAUGCAAUUUUAACAAUCCUGAAAUGGCUUUACUGUAGUUUUCUUUUUCCCUGCCAGUGGGUUUUGCUUGGUCUUUUGGCAACUUCCUGGAAUUUUGGUAGCCUUUUUGUCAUACUUUUGCCAGGCCAAUAGAAAGCUCAGAGGCAUAUUUAGCCUGGUUAUGUGAAACUGCAGAAAAUAAAAUUUUUUAAAAAAGGCUAGAAAUGUUUUUUUUUUUUUUUUCUCUCUCUUUCCCUUUAUGCAUAAAGAAAUACAUUUUUGCCAUGCAGACAAAUAGGCUGUUGUCUGGCUACCAAAAACUAAAUCUGGGAAUAUUGAUGGGGUUUUCUGUAAAUGAGAAACUGCCUAGAAAAAAGAUACAUUAAUUACAACCAUUAGAUUUGAACUUGUUUUGAUAGGCAAAACUUUGCACUAAUUGCUUAAUUGCUUUUUGAGGGUUGGUGUUUGUAAGCUUGUUUUGGUGGGAAAGGGCACAGAUCAGCACAUUCAGUUUGUCAAUCAAUACACUGAAAAUAAAAAAGGGGGAAACAU